AUGAAGUACACAGGAGGAGACUCGGAUAGUCCUGUUGUGGUUCCAUGUUCUUCUCCUGCAUUCUGCUCUCGUUGGAACCUGGCUCUGUUGGGAAGACUGGAGAAGCUCAGCACUCUGAUUCUGGACUGCAAUAAUUACACGUCUCACAUCAAGUUUCCCUACAUGCCGAGUGUCACCACCGUGUGCAUCAACAAGAACAAGAUCCACAAUCUUCCUGUGUUUGUGGAGGAGAUCAGGAGAAAGUUCCCCGGCAUCAAGUAGACCUGACUCUGUUUUGUUGUGUUGACGUGCAGGAGCAGCAGGUUCCUGAUGCCUUCAUGCCUGUUUUUACUUUAGGAUCCUCAUAUGAUGAACAACGAGGCGGCGCCGAGCUAUUUCAUCAGACGCCAGACAUCAACAUUCUUCACUCUGAAUAAGUGAAGCCUCCAUGACUUUACAACUCACAAGCUUAAAUAAUCAUAUGUGAUGAAUGAACAAGAUGUUUAAAUGAAAUGUUUGAAUAAUCUGCGCUUAAA